UGUGUAUUUGCUAGUCACUGAGGCUCCCUUACCAUCUACCAGCCCCCAGGAGCCGUAGAAGGGGGUUGGAUUGGGGUUGCUGGGCGAUGGGGAAGGCCCCCCACACACACCAGGCAGUGCCCUUCCUUUCUCCUGCAAGGGGGAAACUGUUGGAGAUGCCCCAUCCUGCGGGCGAGCCCGGGGCAGGUGUCAUUCCCAGAGCCCCUCUCCGGUGCAGCCUGGUGAAGGAGUAAAUGGGUGGGAGAAGGAACUGGAGGCUGGGAUUGUUUGUUAUAACUUCUACUGAGUAACUGAGACCUUGUGGGCUUCACACAACAUAGACUUUUGAGCUCUGUCCAGUGAUGCCGUCUUACCAGGGGUGGUGUUAGGGGGUAGAAAGUGAGCAAUUGCCAGCGGCCCCAUGCCACUGGGGGCCCUGCGAAGCUAAGUUAGAUGAUCAAGCUUUGGUUUGAGCCCUGGGUGGCGGGGCUCGGGCUUGGACUCCUUAGUUUCUGACCUGGGCGCCAGUAAUCUAAUGCCGGCCUUGCCUCCCACCUACCCACACGCCUUUCCGUUCACUUUGGUACAACUGCACAAAGAACAUAUUUCAGAUCCUUUCUCUCCCAAAAGGAGACCAUGGAUUCAGAUAAAGUCUACCACUGUGGAACAAAGAUCUGAAACACAGCUGAGGCAAACACACGAAAGCAAAAAUAAUCAACAAAAGCUGCGCACAGCAUUGUUACAUUAGCUCUGUUGUGCCUACUUAUUGCAGGAUGCAGUAGAUAUGAUCAAAACAUUCAUCCAUACAGACAAAGGUUGACUAGUGUCAGGGUAUGUCUAUUGGAUGUUCGUGAAAAAGUUUAUUUGCAAAUAGAACAAUUUAAAAGGCUAUUUUGAUUUACACAAGCUUCAUAAAAUGUUAAAAACUACAGAUAUCUACAUCUGAGACCUCCUAACAAGAUAUUUUCAAGAACCAUACAGAAAAUGCUGUCUGUAAAUAUUCAAAUUUCAAGGAAUUAAAACUAGAUAGAUUAUAUUCUAACUGGAUUUCUGAAAAUGAGUGGCACCUCUGCUGUCCUCUGUCUCUAUCUUGUUUAUGGAUUAAUGCAACAGAUGGAAGCCUCUAUCCUGAGCUGCAUUCCCAGAAAAACAGUAACAUACCAAAAUGGAAAUAUAAAAACUUUUAUGAAACCAGGAUUAUCCAAUUUUUCCACACUCUUGGUGAGUGAAGAAACUGAUAUCUUAUUUGUUGGAGCCAGAGAUGCUAUAUUUGCACUUGACUUGAAUGACAUCUCAAGAAAAAUAGCCAGUGAGGACUGGUUCGCAACAAGGGAUAGACAAUUGGAAUGCAUUCGCAGAGGAAAGGACAAAGUAGAUUGCCGAAACUACAUCCUCCUCCUUCAUAAGAUAAAUGACACUAGUUUAUAUGUUUGUGGAACCAAUGCAUUUUACCCAGCUUGUGAUUACAUGGUCAUCAACAGUACAGAUAUUCAUCUGCAAGGGAAAGCUGAAGAAAGCAGAGGAAGAUGUCCUUUUGAACCUACUCUGAAGUAUGCUUCUCUGUUAGUUGAUAGUGCAUUUUAUUCAGCCACUUCAAACAACUUCUUGGGCACUGAGCCUAUUAUACUUCGCAGUUUGAGAAACCAUCUAAGGACAGAGUUUAAAGCAUCUUGGCUAAAUGAGCCCAGCUUUGUCUAUAUGGAUAUUGUGCCGGAAAGUGGAUCUAAUCCAGAUGGAGAUGAUGAUAAAAUUUAUGUGUUCUUCACUGAAACAGCUGUUGAAUUUGAAUUCUAUGACAAACUCCUGGUGUCAAGAAUUGCUCGCGUCUGCAAAGGUGAUCUUGGUGGAAAACGCAUAUUGCAAAAAAGAUGGACGUCAUUUUUAAAAUCCAGACUUAUCUGUUCCGUUCCAGAAUCAAAUUUCCAGUUUAAUAUCGUUCAGGAUGUCUUUUUACUUAAGAGAGCAGACUGGCGGGAAAGCAUGUUUUAUGGGAUUUUUACUCAACAAUGGGGAAGGUUGGAUAUUUCUGCAGUUUGUGCAUUCAGUAUGAAAACUGUCCAAGAAGUCUUCGCCAAAGGAAACUAUAAAGGGCCAGUGACUGUGGAACAUUCCCAUGUUAAAUGGAUGGUGUUCAGGGGAGAAGUGCCACUCCCACGUCCCGGUGCUUGCAUUGAUAAUUUUGCCCGGAGUAUUGGAUACAACACUUCUCUUGAUUUGCCUGAUAAAAUUCUGCAGUUUGUUAGAGACCACCCUUUAAUGGAUAAUGCUGUAAAUCCAAUUGGUGAUAGGCCAGUGCUACUGAAAAGAGGUUCAAAUUAUACCAGGAUUGUAGUAGACAGAAUCACUGGCCUAGAUAAAAAAACAUACAAUGUUCUGUUUAUAGGAACAGAUAAUGGAUAUUUGCAUAAAGCUCUCAACUGUGACGGGGAAAUGUUCAUUAUGGAGGAGAUACAGCUGUUUCAGUCCCCAGAGCCUGUACAAUCUCUUAAACUGUCUUCCAAAAAGGGCCUGCUGUAUGUAGGGUCUCCAUCCCAAGUUGUACAACUCCCUGUUUCAGUAUGCAGCCGAUAUAAACACUGCUUGGAUUGUGUUUUGGCAAGGGAUCCUUAUUGCGCGUGGUCUGAGUCUUUUGAGAAGUGUGUUCCAGUGGCUAAUCAAACAGGAGACUUGCGGGAUUUAAUUCAGAGUGUUAAAAAUGGUGAUGCUUCCAAAUGUCCUAAAAUAGGAAAUAAUGUCAAAAACUGUCCCGUUAUCAUUGGCAACAGUGUUCAUCUUAAAUGCGCACCCAUGUCCAACCUGGCUAGGAUGGUGUGGAAGUUUAAUGGGAGCAGUCUUCAGGCAGAAGAGUCUAAAUACCUGCUUUAUGAUGGAGGAAUAGUCAUAUUUAAUGUGACAGUGGCUGAUGCUGGAUUUUAUGACUGUCAUUCUGUAGAGAGAGCUAAUGGGAAAGAAUUCCCUGUUUCUGUGGCUAGCUACGUUCUUUAUACCCAACAGGACAGCAUUUUCAUUAUUACUAAGAAUUACACCACAAAUCAACCAAAUGCAGACACAACUCUGAAGGUUAAAUCUUUGGUAUCAUCUUCCUUGCUGAAUGACCCAGCAAAACAAAAAUCCCUGGAAGACCAGAAAGAGAAGCUUAUUUUAAAAUUCUUGGGAGCUGGAUUUGCGCUCCUUUUUUCUUCCUUGCUGGUUUGGAACUUUUACAAAGGCCAUCUGUCUGUGCCUUGGAAGAGCAGAGAAAAAAGCUCAAAAACAGCAAAUGCAGAUUGUUUGCCAGGUCCAACGUUGGCUACAGAGGGGUCGGGGGCUAUGAGGAAAAGUUCAGCCACGCGAACUAACACCUCCACUGUUAAUGAAUCAGUACCACUUGUGAGCUUUCCUUCAGAAGAGGAACGCAGCGCUAAUGUACAACACAACACAAGUCUCACAAAGAGAUCUGGGACUUGCAGCUCACAAAGCUGUUUGGUUGAGGAUGAGACGAUGUUUCCUAUUGCGGAAUGUGGAAUGUAAAGUUUGAGUAGGAAUCACAAGCCCAAAAUCUAGUGAGCUAAGUUGCUAAACAUAAAAUCAUUUUCAGUUGCUGCUUUUGAAAAAGAUUGUUACAUCAGUUUUUGGUAUUUGUUUAACAUGUGUUGCAAGAAUAAAC